CCGGAUCGGCGAUGAAACCAUCAACGAAGGGCGGGGACAUGGCUGGGAUGCAGUCGAAGCUGUCAUGAACUAGCAGGAUAUAUAUAGCGGCUCGAUGGACGCAGCAACCCUAGGCUGCGCCUCCCUUCGUUCUUCACCUCGCCGAUUGCUUUCUUGCCGUCCGCCUAUACCUUCGUAGCUUUCCCGAGCACCGAUACUUGCGCGACAAGCACAUCAUGGUUUACGUUCGCUCGCAAAAGUUUUGUUGCUGCCUACCCGUCCGCUUCGGGGUGUUUGUAAUGACCCUCGCCGGCACGCUUUUCGGUGGCUUCGUUGCGAUCGCUGCAUGGAUUGCGUUCUCCAAGACGAACCAGAAUCCCCAAGCCUAUGAUCAGGACCAGAAGAUCGGCAUAAUUAUACAAGCGGUUGCAUACACCCUCCUUGCACUCGUCUCUCUCUUUGGAUUUGUGGGCGCAUGCGCUCGCUCGCGCGUCCUCGUCACUGUAUACUCGAUCACCUUGUGGUUCGUCUGGGUCCUUGCCGUCUCCACCGGAAUUUUCUUCCUUGCAAAGCUCUGGCAUGCCUCGGAUCAGGCCUCUGUCGACAAGUGCGUCGCGGGUAGCACAGACGACAUCAAGAACACUGUGUGUGACAAGGGCGUUGCGGUAGUCGAAGGUGCCGCCAAGACUGCGGUGACCGUCGUCCUGGCCAUUCUAUGGCUGAUCGAACUUUACGGCUGCGUGAUCGCGUCUUCGUAUGUCUCGCAGUUGCGCGAGGAGGAGGAUGCCGAGUUAUCGAAGCCCGUCACCAUUGUGCAGCAAGCGGCACCUGCAUACCCGGUUGCGACGUACAGCGCACCGUCUCCGGCAAACAACACUUAUGCGUUCUCGCAGUACCAGAACUCAUACGGUCAGAAAACGGGGUACUAAGUGCGGGGUUCGUGCAGUAUUUGUGGGCGUCGGGGUCUUAUUCUCGUCGUCUUGCGAGUUGAGUCGUAAUAUAGCUCGAAAGGAUAGGAAUGCAUGUAUCGUAGGAUGAAGAAGUAGUAAACGCCUGAGGAAAGGGAUCUGCGAGCAUUCAU